AUGAGGAGGAGGGAUAUGAAUAACGGUACUAUUGUUAUCGUGACGAUGGUUACACUCGCAUUAUUUACUACCUAGGCCCCACGGGAAUCAUUUCAAAAAAGAUUGCCUUCUUCUUUCUAAAUUGAUGCUGAUCUUUGCCUAUGUGCAGCUGCAGACUCCUCUAAUGAUUUUACUACCAGACCAUUAAUUUGUCCCAAAUCAGACCUUCCCCCCGAGGACCUUGCACUCCAAGUACUACAGUCAAAGGCUUCUCAUAUUUUACUCAAAACAGGUAGAACACGUGGAGCAAACUCUGCGUUUUCAUGGGGUGAGUGGGGCGAAUUGAUGAAGCGUUGCUUCAGGUAUUGA